AUGCAAGGAAGAGCGAAGAAAAUCAUCGAAGACAGGAGGACCCAACAGCAUCAACUGAACCUCGACAGCCUUCAACUCAGGGGAGACGUAGCUGGCUUGACGCCGAUGUUCCGCACCUCACAACCCAUACCCCCUAUAGCGAAUUGCUUUGGCUGUAUUGCUCGCGAGGCGCAGGAACCGGUUGGUGGUCAGUCGCUGUGUCAGGUGUCGAGUGUCAGGAGCAGCGACGCGGUCAGCGGAGCGCAACCAAGUGUAUAUAGGCCGCGGCGACAAGCUUAUCCUAGGGUGCGAGGCAGAAGCGCUAGUCAGUCACACAUCUCCGUCAGCAGCGCCGGCAGUGGUGUCGCCAUGAACAAGUACUUCCCAGGGAUCGGCCGCAUCGAGUACCGGCCCGAUGCCGGACCCGAGGACACGCUGGUCUUCCGGCACUACAAUGCCAAAGAGACCGUGCACGGCCGGACUAUGGAAGAAUGGUUGAAGUUCUCCGUCUGCUACUUCAACACCUUCAGGUACUUGGGCUCGGACGACCACUACGGCGAGCGCACGCACCAGCGGUCCUGGGAGGAUGGCUCUCGCUCCCUCGACAACUACAAGCGCCGGAUGAUGGCCGCCUUCGAGUUCUUCCAGAAACUUCACGUCAAAUACUACUCGGUGAGCGACCGCGACAUGGCGCCGGAGGGAGAGAACUAUGACCAGACCAACACCUUCCUGGACGAAAUGGUGACGCUGGCGUGUGACCUGCAGAGGCAGACGGGCAUGAGGCCUCUGUACUACAGCGCUGACCUGUUUUCUCACCCUCGCUACAUGAACGGCGCUGGCUCCAACCCCGACGCCCACGUGUUCGCGUACGCCUGCGCCCAGGUCAAGCGCAGCAUGGACGCCGCCAAGCGCUUGAACGCCGAGAACUUCGUGUUCUUCAACCCCCGCGACGGCUACCAGAGCGUCCUGCAACGCCAGUUCUUCCGCGACAUGUCCCACAUGGCGCAGCUGUACCGCAUGGCGGCGCAGUACAGGGACAAGAUCGGCUUCAGGGGCCAGCUGCUGAUCCAGCCUAAGCCAGCCGACCCUCGCCGUCACCAGUACGAGUCCGACGCCAUGUCCACCAUGCACAUGCUGCGCCACUUCGGCCUCGACAAGCACUACAAGCUGUACAUCAAGCCCGCCUUCUCUCGCCUCACCAGCCGCCCCUACGAGCACGACGUCUACAUGGCCGCCGCUUACAACAUGCUGGGCUGCCUCGACGCCUCCGACAGCUGGCCAGAGUUCAACGCGACGUCAGACAUCUGCGCACAGGACAUGCGGGACGCGACGCUCGUCAUGAAGUGCGUGCUCGAGCAGGGCGGCCUGCAGCAGGGCGGCUUCACCCUGGGCGGCCGCGUCCGCCGCGAGUCCACCGAGCCCCGAGACCUGUUCCACGGCCACAUCAUGGCCAUGGACACCUUCGCCCGCGCCCUCAGGAACGCCGCCCGCAUGAUCUCCGACGGAUCCUUCAGCCGCAGCAUCCAGCAGCGUUACUCGUCUUACAAGUCUGGCUUCGGCGAGCGCGUGGAGAUGGGCAACAUGACCUUCGACGACUGCGAGGACUUUGUUCGCAAGAAUGGAGAACCUCUGCACCAGUCCAGCCGCCAUGAGCACUACGAGAACAUGUUCAACUACUACAUCAGUCCUCCUCGGCAUGAAGCCAUUCUUCUUCGCCGCCGCCUCUGCUACAUUCAUCACAACAGACUCUUUUCAUCGAGGUUCGGUUCUGCACCAAAGAUCUUUCACACGAGGCCAGCCGACUGCCCGACGGACGAAAGGGGAUCAGUAGCUCCUUCCACUCCCCUCGUCACAGGGGAUCUACGGAGAGCGCAGCAUCCGAAAGGGAGCAAACACCUUAAGUCUCUUGGAUGCAGAGAAUGA